AUGACUUCUUCACAGUCCGGUUCGUUGUCCACCCAUGCAUACCAGGACUCGACACCUAUGCCGGCGGACGUCCCAAAGGUAGCAGAAAUUGGCGUAACGAGUGCGCCGUUGAAGAGCGCGGCGUUCUUUUUGGGAGCGUAUUGCAAAGAAUUCAACGAUGAUUUUAUGCUCUGUAAGAACGAGAGCCGUGAUCCUGGACACUGUUUGAAGGAAGGGAGAAGGGUGACAAGGUGUGCGACGGAUUUAAUAACAAAGAUGCGGGAGAACUGCUUGCAACAAUUCGAAUCCCACUGGGAAUGCUUAGAGCGCAAUAACCAGGAAUACCACCUCUGCCGCAAACCCGAACGAACACUCAACUCUUGCAUGUUCGAGAAACUCGGCCUUACAAAAACGAUCCCCGGCUCACCAGCAGGCAAAUUACCGAUACAUGAAGUCCAAAACCCGAUCUACAAGGGAAUUCAGAAAUGAUGUUGGGGUGGCGGAGGAGGUCAUGGAAUGGCAUUAGAAGACUUUGUUAGAAAGUAUCUAUCUACUGAACGCUGGUCAUCCGUAGAC